AUAAUCCUUACUCUUCGAUAGAACUGAAUCCAAGUCGUCUACUAAAAGUGAAUGAGGAAUUAAUUGUCUUUUAAAAUGCCUAAUAUUAUAAAUGAUAUUAAAUUAGAUUUUAAAGAUGUUUUAUUACGUCCAAAAAGAAGUACGUUAAAAAGUAGAUCUGAUGUCGAUUUAUUUACGGAAAUCACAUUUCGUAAUUCAAAACAAAUUUACAAGGGAAUACCAAUAAUUGCUUCAAAUAUGGAUACAGUAGGAACAUUUGAAAUGGCUAAAGCUUUAGCAAAGUAUGGUCUCUUUACUACUAUUCAUAAAUAUUAUUCAGUAGAAGAAUGGAAAAAUUUUGCUGCUGAAAAUCCUAAAGACCUUAAAUAUGUAGCUGCUAGUUCUGGUACAGGAAAGGAAGACUUUGAACGGUUGUCAAAUGUACUAACAUCGGUACCAGAAUUAUCUUUUAUCUGUUUAGAUGUUGCUAAUGGUUAUUCUCAACAUUUUGUUGAAUAUGUUAGAAAAGUAAGAGCAGAGUUUCCUAAUCAUACAAUUAUUGCAGGAAAUGUAGUUACUGGUGAAAUGGUAGAAGAAUUAAUAUUAUCUGGAGCAGAUAUAAUAAAAGUUGGAAUUGGUCCUGGAUCUGUAUGCACUACACGAAUGAAGACUGGUGUAGGAUAUCCACAAUUAAGUGCUGUAAUUGAAUGUGCAGAUGCAGCUCAUGGUUUAAAAGGACACAUUAUUUCUGAUGGUGGUUGUACUUGUCCAGGUGAUAUAGCAAAAGCUUUUGGUGCUGGAGCAGAUUUUGUAAUGGCAGGUGGUAUGUUUGCUGGUCAUGAGGAAUGUGGAGGUGAUACUAUAGAAAAAAAUGGAAAAAAAUAUAAGCUUUUUUAUGGUAUGGCUUCAAGCACAGCAAUGAAGAAGCAUGCUGGUGUUGCUGAAUAUAGAUCAUCAGAAGGCAAAACUGUGGAAGUGCCUUACAAAGGUCCAGUAGAAAGUACUGUAUUGGAUAUAUUGGGUGGUUUGCGAUCAGCAUGCACAUACACAGGAGCUGAACGAUUACGUGAACUACCACGACGUGCUACAUUUAUACGUUGUACACAACAGUUAAAUCCAAUGUAUGGUCCACCACCAGAAAUCUGAAGUUAUUCAAAUUAAUUUAUUGUAGUACACAUUUAGGAUAACAUUAUUAUUGAGUCAAUUAACAAAUGCUAUUAUUUGCUGGCAAAUAAUGUUUAUAUAAAAAUUCAAAAGCUUCAACUAAUGUAAGUGUACAUACAUUUUAAUGGCAAUUUUAAAUUGCAUUGAAUUGAAUGAAUUUAAAAGAUAACGUUUAAUGGCACAAAUAUGUACCUUAUUUAUAUAUAUAUGUAUAUGUAUAUAUAUAUAUAUAUUUUAUGAAUAUUUCAUUCUUAAUUAUAUAUUAUAUAUAUACGCGUAUAUUAUACGAAUUCAAUAGAAAUGAUAUUAAUAUUAGAAUGAAAUAUUCACAAAUAUAUUUUUUAAAAUGUUUCUAUAAAGUCAACAAGUUGUGUGUUUGAUACACACACACACA